AUGACGACCAUGGCGAAUUCUAUUGCUAACAGGGUACCCAUGAGCUCGGGGCAGGUGCAAGUGUAUCUACAGGAACACUAUGGAGUUCCAAUUGUGUUGAGAGAGCAGGGAGAGACGAAUAUCAAAUGCCCAUAUUGUCUCAAGUUGUAUGAACACGGGCUACAGACUGGGCAUCAUGUGGCGGGGUGUGACGACUGCGAUCGGUUCAAUGGGAUAGGAAUUGUUGUUGGUGAGAGAUACUUUGUUCCAAACUACGGCUACACUAUUUUUUUGUAUAAGGAAAGGGCUGGGGUAAAUGAAUUGGUUGUUCACGAGAUGAGUUAA